UCUCUCUCUCUCUCUCUCUCUCUGUAGACUGCAGCAGUUACCUUUUGAUUCCUUCAAACAGAAUAAUUGUUUUCCUGAUUAAAAGCUUUAGAAAAUCAUUUUUCAAGAAGAUAGGAUCUUUUCGGUUUCAGCGAUAAAAUUUUGCUGCCGAAUUUUCUGGCAGAUAUUCUUGCACGACUGAGGAUUUUUCUUUAUGGGUCUUGUUUUUAGGGCUAUAAAGGUUGAGAAAGUUCUUUACUUUUGGAGAAAGAUGAUGAUGGGGAUCGGUGAAGAGGAUCGCUCUCAACGUCGAUUUUAAGAGGCUCUGUCGUUGGUAAGGGAGUGUUUGUGGGUCAUCGUUCUUUUCAUUUUGACCUGUUCAUGAUUCUUUAAUGGUUUGAUUAGGGUUUUUCUGUUGGGGUUUGGACCUGGAUUUCUGAGAGAUUAAAAGACUACACUGUUCAAGGAGCGAGUAGAUACAUUUGGCUAGUGGAGCAAUUGACAAGGAUAUUGUGAAUUUCUGAUAUAUAAUUAAAAGAACAACAAAAUGGUUGCAAAGGGAGGCCAAAGUAUAGCAGAUUCACCUAAGGUACAGGUUGGAGAGAUAGACACCAGUGCGCCAUUUCAGUCUGUUAAAGAUGCUGUCACUCUUUUUGGUGAAGGUGCUCUUUCAGGGGAGAAGCCUGCCAUCAAGAAGGCAAACCCUCUGUCUGCGGAGAGAGUAAUGGCUAAAGUGACACAGCUUCACCUGGCCAAGAAAGAGUUGAAGAAAUUAAUAGACCGACUAGACAAUGCUGAGAUAACUAGGUACCAGGCACUAAUGGAAGUAGAGAAGGCCAAAAGAACAGUUGAUGAUCUGAACAGCAGGCUAAAAGCUGUUAAGGAGUCCAAGGAUGCAGCAAUCAAAGUGACAGAAGCAGCAAAGAAUCUGGCAAAGCAAAUUGAAGAAGCAAAUUCUGGAAACCUUCCUGGAUCAGAUGGUGCUCGAAAGCAGGACCUAGAAAUGACUACAGAACAGUAUAUGACAGUCUUUACUGAACUAGAUUCUGCAAAGCAAGAACUAAGGAAAAUUCGUCAAGAUUGCAGUGCAACUUCCGAAGCAAAGGUAGCUGCUAUCAAACAGGCAGCUGAAGCUGAAGAGGCAGCCAAAGUAAACUUGGAGAGAGUUAGUGAGCUCUCAAAGGAAAUAUCCUCUUUGCAGGAAUCUAUUGGAAAAGUGAGGGAUGCAUAUGUUGAAGCCCAGCAAGAGCAAGCAAAAAUUUUGGCGGAGAAGGAUGUUGAGAGGCAAUCCUAUAUAAAUAUGAUGAGUGAGGCUGCUAACAAAUUGUUUGCGAAGAAUCAUGAAUCUGAUCCAGAAUAUAUUAGAAUUGUUCAACAAAAGCUGGCUGAAAAAUGUGAUCAGAUUAAGGCUCUCAAGAAACAGAUGGAAACUGCAAAGGCUUCAGACUUGGAUUCUGUGAGAACUGUAACCUCGGAGUUGGAUGAUGCUAAGGAAUCACUGCAAAAGGUGGCUGAAGAAAAAAUAUCCUUAAGCCAGUUGGCUAACUCUCUUAGGCGGCAGCUUGAAAAUAUGAAGAUAGAAUAUUCUGAACUGAAAGAGAAGGAAGCUGAAACAGAAUCUACUGCAGGAAAUCUGCAUGUAAAGCUCCGGAAAAGUAAGUCUGAGCUUGAAGCAUGCCUUGGAGAAGAAUCCAAACUAAGAAGUGCUACCGGAGAAAUGAUGAGGACACUUGGCCAACUAACAUUGGAUACUGAAACGGCCAAAAACGAAGCAGAGGAGAUGAAAGAGAAGGCUAGAGAGUUGAAUGGAGAAGCUAAAACCACCAGAGUUGCACUUGAAGAAGCUGAGAAAAAGUUGAGAGUUGCUUUAGAAGAAGCUGAAGAAGCAAAAGCUGCUGAGUCAAGAGCCCUUGAUGAGAUUAAAUCCUUGUCUGAGAGAACUAAUGCUGCACGUAUCUCGACCUCAGAGUAUAGUGCCCAGGUCACAGUCUCUAGGGAAGAGUUUGAGGCUUUAAGCCGGAAAGUUGAGGAAUCUGUUAGAUUAGCAGACAUGAAAGUGGCUGCUGCUAUGGCUCAGGUGGAAGCUGUGAAAGCGAGCGAAAAUGAGGCCCUCAAGAAGUUGGAGGCAACUCAGAAGGAGAUUGAGGAUAUGAAGACCGCAGCUGAGGAGGCAUUGAAAAAGGCAGAGAUGGCCAAUGCAGCUAAAAAGGCAGUGGAAGCAGAGCUGCGAAGAUGGCAUGAACGAGAGCGAAAGAAGGCAGCUGAAGUUGCAGCCCGAGUUCAGGCAGAAAUGGAGAUGCGUACUGAGCCGUCCCCCCCCCACCAUUACCAGAUUCAAAAGCCAAAUCUGCCAGAGAAACUAUUCGAUUCCCGGAAGCUGGAAAAGGAGAAACCCAAGAAAGCUCUUAUGCCUAGUCUCAGUGAUAUAUUUCAAAAGAAAAAGAAUCUCGUCAAAAGUGGAUCUCUUUCUCUUUUGCCUGGCGAGAAGCCUGUGUGACUUCAUGUUUGGAAUGCCUGAUCAUCCAAUUACAAACUGCUGGGAGAGGAGAAAACAUGGUUGACUGUUUAUAUUUGAGAGGUAGAUUUCUAUCAAAAGUUUAGUUAGUUCUUGGUUUGUUUGGGGAGAGAUGGACCAUCAACUUGAAAGUAAUGUCUUUGUAUAUGCAACAAGUCGGUUGGUAUUGAAUGAUGAUUUGGUAGCAGAAAUGAUUUUGCAUUUAUUCUGUCUCGUAUAUUUGCAAUCAGUAAAACGCUACCUACUCUGCAAUUGCUGUUGCUGAUUUCAAGACAUGCAAGCAUGUGAAAUAGAGUUAAUUAGUUAAUUAA